GUUGGUCGAUAGAGAUCAUGUCCACGGAGGAGCAGGGAUACCCCGAAGCUAUGCUGCUGGAGGCCAGGCCGGAGUGGCUGCGGGCAGAAGUCGAGCGUCUUUCCCGGGAGCUGAGCGAGACAACCAGCGAGAAGAUCCAGGCGGCGGAGUACGGGCUGGCGGUGUUGGAGGAGAAGCAACAACUCAAGCAGCAGUAUGACGACCUGGAGGUCGAGUACGAGGCUGUCAGGCAGGAGCUGGACCAACUGAAAGAGGCCUUUGGACAAGCUUACACCAACCACAGGAAGGUGGCAGCAGAUGGGGAAAGCCGGGAGGAGUCUCUGAUCCAGGAGUCGGCCUGUAAGGAGGCCUACUAUGAGCAGAGGGUCCUCGAGCUGCAGAACGAACUGCGGCAGACGCGCAACAUCCUGACCAAUACCCAGUCUGAGAAUGAACGCCUUGUUGCCAUCUCCCAGGAGAUGAAAGAGAACGGGGAGAUGGUGGAGCUCCAGAGGAAUCAGCUGCGUGACGACAUCAAGGAGUACAAGUUCAGGGAGGGCCGUCUGCUGCAGGACUACACCGAGCUGGAGGAGGAGAACAUCUCUCUGCAGAAGCAAGUCUCGGCGCUCAAACAGAGUCAGGUGGAGUUUGAGGGUCUGAAGCACGAGAUCCGUCGUCUGGAAGAAGACACUCAGUUCCUGAACAGCCAGCUGGAGGACGCCAUCCGCCUGAAGGAAAUCGCUGAACGUCAGUUGGGCGAGGCCCUGGAGACCAUCAAGACGGAGCGGGAGCUCAAGACCUCUCUGAGGAAAGAGCUCUCCCACUACAUGAACAUCGGAGACACUCUGUAUCACAGUCCUUUAAGCAUUUCUCUGGAUGGGCUCAAAUUCAGUGACGACGCCGCCACGGAACCUAACAACGACGAGGCUCUGCUUGGAUACGAGAACAGCUUCACCAAACUGGCCAACACCAUCAACGAGGACAACCGCAUCUCCACUCCUAAUAAGGAGGAGCUCUUCUGCCCGGUGCCCAGCCUGGUCGACGACCUGCUGAGUGAGCUGAACAUCUCAGAAAUCCAGAAGCUCAAACAGCAGCUGAUGCAGAUGGAGCGGGAAAAGGUCAACCUGCUGUCCAAUCUGCAGGACUCCCAGAAACAGCUGGAGCAGGCCAAUGGGGCUCUGUCCGAGCAUCAGGAGAAGGUCAACCGGCUGACUGAGAACCUCAACGCCAUCCGUAAGCUCCAAGCCAGCAAGGAGCGCCAGUCUGCUUUGGACAACGAGAAAGAGCGGGACAGCCAUGAGGACGGAGACUACUACGAAGUGGACAUUAACGGACCAGAGAUCCUGGAGUGCAAGUACAAGGUGGCCGUGUCUGAGGCAGGGGAGCUGAAGGAGGAGCUGAAGACGCUGAAAGCAGAAUACCAGGCCUGUCAGUCACGCUACGACGAGGAGCGCAGCCGUCUGGAGAACGACGUCAGGUCUCUGGGAGAUAAGCUGUCCAAUCUGGAGAGGACCACUUUUGUGGAGAGAGAAGAGAAGGCUAAGCUGGAGAAAGAGCUGCGCAAGCUGAGUGACGUGGCGGGCGAGUCCCAGGGCAGUCUGAGCGUGGCCCAGGACGAGCUGGUAACAUUCAGCGAGGAACUGGCCACCCUCUACAACCACGUCUGCAUGUGCAACAAUGAGACCCCCAACAGAGUGAUGCUCGACUUCUACAAGGAGGGCAAAGGUGGCCGGAGCAGCCCGGAGGGCCGCGGUCGGCGUUCUCCCAUCUUGCUGACCAAGGGUCUCUUCCCAGAGCAUGGCAGGGCCGACCUCAGCGAUGGCGCUCCCUCGCCCGUCUCCUCUCUCCCCUCCCCUGUGUCGGACCACCGUCGCGAGCCCAUGAACAUCUACAACCUGGUGGCGAUCAUCAGAGACCAGAUCAAGCACCUGCAGCUGGCCGUGGAUCGCACCACAGAGCUGUCGCGCCAACGGGUAGCGUCUCUGGAGCUCGGCACCGUGGCAGACAAGGACAAAGAGGCCUGCAUGGAGGAGAUCCUCAAACUGAAAUCCCUGCUGAGCACCAAACGGGAACAGAUCGCUACUCUGCGGACUGUCCUCAAGGCCAACAAGCAGACAGCUGAGGUUGCUUUGGCCAAUCUGAAGAGCAAGUAUGAAAACGAGAAGGCCAUGGUGACGGAGACGAUGAUGAAGCUGAGGAACGAGCUGAAGGCUCUGAAGGAAGACGCUGCGACCUUCUCCUCUCUCCGAGCUAUGUUUGCCACACGCUGCGACGAAUACGUCACCCAGCUGGAGGAGAUGCAGAGGCAGCUGGCCGCAGCCGAGGACGAGAAGAAGACCCUCAACUCUCUGCUGAGGAUGGCCAUCCAGCAGAAGCUGGCGCUGACGCAGCGCCUGGAGGACCUGGAGUUCGACCACGAGCAAACCCGACGCGGCGGCAGCAGCGGGCGCUCCAAGGCCCGCAGCAAGGCCGCCGGCACCGCCGCCACCAGCAACCCCCACGUAAGUCAGACUCUCACCUGCUCUGGCUCCGGCCGACCCGAGCUCAACAACGCCAUGCCCAACGGUAUCCUGGGAGGCCCCGCCAUCUUCUGCAGUGAGAAGUACAAGAUCUACUGCGACUGAGAGGCGGCUCGGACGUCCAGCUGGACUGCUGUGUACAGAGGGCAGGGUGGGGGGCCGAACCCUCCCUGCCCUUAGUGUUAAAGAGCCCCACUCGCUCGCUUUGCUCCCCGGCCAGCCUGCGCUCCUGUAGGGACUGCUGCGUUACUAACCGGCUGCUCGUUUGUGCUCGUGUAACCACAUAGGGGAAUGCAGAUGUAUGUACAGUGUGCUAUGGACUGUAGUAGACAUAUCUGGCAUGUGGGUUCAAGGGCCCUGGUUAUAAUGGGGGCAGGGGGGUGUUGUGGAUUUUAUGGAGUGUCUAUUCUUUCCGCUGUCAUGGUGCUGUACCUAUGAUGUAAGAGGUUGCAGCUUCUGUGUUUAUCUGUCCUGGCCCAGUAACAUAAGCACAUGGUGGGGGGUGUGGAGGCAUGUAAAGAUGUCGGACUGAACGACAUCCUCUGUUUGGCGUGUCUGUCGGUGCUCCUUUGAUGAAAAUAGCCCUUAACUUCUCUCCUUUCCUUUCCAUCCUGACCAAGGACUCCUGUAUGCGGCAGCCCAUUUUUUUUUUAAAUCAAGUAACUGAUGUUUACAAGAAAAUGAACUAAAAUAUGCAAGUUCCCUCUGCUUUGUGGCUAGGGGAGCAUCAAAAUGAAUCUAUGUACCAAUUUAAACUGAGAAAGGGAGGAGGGGAAAGGUUUCUUGGUUUUAUAAUGAAAAGGUUCGGGCAGAAAAAGGAGCACCUGUGACCGCAGGUGUAUAUUUCAGGAUCUGUUUAAAGCUGUGAUGCUAGCACACCAAUACAAUAACGUCAGUAGGAUUGCAUGGCUUUGCAGCUGAAAACGCUUAAAAAAAAAAAAACAAAACAAAGAUUUACCGUUAUUUUCUGUCAUCAGGUGUGUUAUCAGAUGAACUGCAGGGCUCUACAUUGCAAAAAUCACAGUUAAUUGGUGUACGGUGAAACACAGGAGGGGCUGUGAGCUCCGCGCGACCCGACGUGUCGCGUCGGGUCCGAUCAGAGCCAUAUCACAAGAGAGAGAGAAGGAGAACGUUUGACAAAUCGAUCUUCGCAUCCAAAUUAAGUGCACUUCAACAUAGGUGCCUCAGGUUACUUCUUCUGUUUUACUGUGAACAGAGAUACAAUAUAGUUUUGUUUCAAAGGUUAUUUUUUAAAUCAGCAAAAUUCUGGAAGAGCACAAAUUAUUUCAAGAGGAACUUCCUCAAAUCUGGAUUAAGCAAAACUGACCGCUCGGCGAAAGUGCCUGUCGAUGCAAACAUUCAGUGUAUUUAUCUGUCGAUGAUGCAAAGCCCCGUCCUCAUGUCUCAGCUCUCCCCCACUCAUUAUCAUGUUCCUGCUUUAUCUGUAGGAGAUUGCGCCACAGCUUUCCAGGGUAUAAUAGAGAACAUAAAGUCAUGUGACCGAGUAGGCAUGGGCCGGUACCAGAUGUUCAUAGUUUAAAUGGUAAAUAGCCUGUACUUGUUUAUCAUAUUUUUCAAGUCUAGAGGACCCCAACGUGCUUCAUGCUACCUUUAGUCAUUCACCCACGCUGAUGGUUAUAAGCUACAUUGUAGCCACAGCUGUAUAAGAUUGAGUAAAAGUACCACAAUUUCACAGUUUUUUUUUUUUUUAUUUAUUUUUAUUUUAUUUUUUUUAUGGAACUUAGCUUAGCUCAAAAUUGUUGAAUUGAACUGAAAAUUAUUCACAUUCUGCCGGAAGCGACUUCCUGGUUGUAAAUGAAGCAACAGUCUCCCAAAAGACAAAACAUUAUGUUCAAAGGCAUUUUUAACUUUCGAAGAAAAACAAUUUGUCUUCUUAUUUAUAAAAUGUAUCAAAAUACCCAUACUUCUAUAAAUAAUCAAUGGAAAAGCAUUUCUUGGCAGCUAAAGGCCUGUCAUGAGUUAUUUUUGAGCAUUUAGCAACGAGCUCUAAGCCCUAAGACGAUAGAAGCCCUCUUUGCCAUCACCCUAAUCUUUAGCUCUCAAUUGGAUUCCAGUCGAGACUCUGGCCGACUUCAAAACAUUACUAAAAGAUUACUUUAAAUCUACAUCUGCCAGGGAUAUGACUAAUUUUGAACACAAUUGUAUAAUGUGAGAAAUUAUUUUUGUUGAAGACAGAAAUCAGUGCUUGUUUCUAUUGUUACUAAAACAUAGCUCAUAGCUACAGAUGUUAGAGGAGCAUCGCUAAGUUUGAAACCUUUCCUUUUAAAAACCGUGGCACACCUUGAUGCCAGUAACCAGCCCAUGCCUACAGCUAAAAAUGAAGAAAACCUCUCCUAUGUCUUCAAUCCGAGUGUCUUGUUAGCUAUAACCGCCUUCUCUCUCGUAGAUUGUCAGCAGCUUGCUCCCUCAGCAUCACCAAUCACCCUUUAACUAGAAAGAGGACUUGUGAGGAAAAUAUUUCUGUCAGGUAACAUCCUCUCGUUACGCUGCGUGUGUAUAUCUCAGUGUUGGGAAGUUGAAGGGGCCCUCGUGUGUGUAUGCGUGGGUAUAUGUUUUUAACCAUUUGCACAACGAGGGCCUCUCAUUGCCGUGUCAUUUGGUGUGCGAGAACGACACGGCGCACACUGUUUUAGUAUUUACAAUAGCUUUAAACCAUUGCAGGCUAGUAUUAAGCAAAUAGUAAAA